CUGAUUAGUUUAGUUUGUGAUUUCAAUAUAUGUAAUUAAUUUUUGUUUCUGUAGCGGUUCGGACGGACGCGUCGCGACGUUCGCUUGGUCCGCCGCUCGGUUCGCUUGCCUCGCCUGCCGUCGCUGUUUCUUAUUUAUUAUUAUUUUUUAUUUUUAUUUGAGUUUUGGGCUGUGUACGUGUGAGCACGAAUGCCACUGCGAGUGCGAGCGGUUUCCUUCUCUUGCCUUUUUCGUGGGCCGCUGCUAAAAUGCAAAGAACACGCUCGAGAAACGUAAAUGGCGCCGCGCUAACGAAUGGAAUUGGAAUAUCAAACAGUGCCCCCAAAGUUCCAUAUAAAAAAUAAAAAAAAAACAUCGAAUAAAAAUAAAGCAAAAAAAAUUUAAAAAAAUAAAAACAAAACAAAACAACAAGCAACAAACAAAACUCCGUGUUGCCCCUGCGCUUUUUUUUCGGGUGUGUGCCAGUGUUUGUGCUUAUGUGUAAAACACAAUUCGAAACAACAAAAUAAAAAAACGCGGUCGAGAAGAAAUACAAUAAAAGAAGCAACAACAAAUGAACACUUGCUGGAAGCUGAAUGGCAGAACAACAACACAAAUUAAAGCUACAACCACAAAGUGAAACAAAAACAACAAAAUACCUCCAGCUGUACAAAUAUUGAUUGAUAUCGAAAAACUAAAAACAAAAAAAUUAAAUACACAAAUAUAUACCAAAAUAAUAAGAAAAGUAAAACAAGGAGCUGUUGGAAAAGAAACUAAAAAGAAUGUAACAUAAGCUUAUAUUCCCAAAACCCGUCCACUUAAAAAAAAAACCAAGAGUGUGUUUAAAAAAAGGUUUAAGAUAAUACUAAAGAAUAAAUGCCGUUACAAAGCGAGACUACGAACAUUCAAAUACCGGAAAAUACCAAGUGAACUGAAUUAAACGCAACGCAAAAAAUAUUGUAAUUUUAAAUACUGUUAUUAUUUUUUUUUCGUUUUUUUUUCUUGCAAAGUAAAGUACAAAGAACUACAAAGAAAAAUUAAAACAAAUAAAUGCAAAGAUAACAAAGUAAAUUGCAACUGCAGGACAGCAAAAACAACAACAAAGAAAAACAAAGUAAUACAAAAUAAAUAAUUCGCCAAUACAAACACCCAGCAGACAGAGCGAGACGGACAGAGAAAUAAACAAACCGCUCAGACGAGUGUGGGUGAGGGGGCGUGCGAGAGAGCUGAGCUAGCAAAGAAAAAGUGAGAGAGAGUGUGGGAGAGAGCGAGCGAAAAGCUUCAUGCAGAAAAACAAGAAACAGCGCAAAACAUCUGGAGAACAUGGAGGGUGCGAGUCGCAGCAGGAACUCCUCCACGAGUCAGGGUCAAGGUCAAGGUCAAGGUCGUCGCGGCCAGGUGCAGGACAUUGAGGAUCUCAAGCAAGACAUUCCCUUCCAUUUCGAAGAUCCGCCGGCGAUCGACGGCGAUCUCCUCGUCCUGGGCAAAAGUGAAUGCCAACUGGACAAUCUGGCCUGGGAUCCCGAUGCGGAUGCCGAUGCGGAUGCGGAUGCGGAUGGGGAUGCCGAUGCGGAUGCGGAUGGUGAUGUGAAUGGACGGCUGGAGCCGGCACAGCCCGUCGAUCUCGACCUCGAGGACAACUAUCCGGAUGAGAACGAGAGCUCGGUGCUGGGCAGCGAUUAUGCGCCCAGUGGGAGUGGCAGUGGUGCGAAUAGCUUCUACCAAUCGCCCACACCCUCCGCCGCCGGAUCCGGAUGCGAUCUGAUGCUCCGUCCGCCGUCCAGUUCCAUGUAUCACUUCAACUACCGAUCGCCGGGCAGUCCGCUGCCCAUUUCGAUUCCGGGUGGAGGAGUUGGAGGAGUGGGAGGAGCCAACUCCGGACGUCUGCAUCCGUAUGCACAUUCCCCGGGCCAUGGAGCACCGCCUGGCUUCUAUCCGAAUAUGUGGUAUCCGAAUGCGCCAUACGGAUCGGGUGGAUCAAGUGGAUCGGGCGGAUCCGGCGGAUCCGGAGUCGGAGCCGGAGCAUCCGGUGGCAGGUACAUGGGCUAUGGACCAGGUGGAGGACCUGGUUCGGGGACGGGAACAGGUGCAUAUCCCGGACACUCGACCCACAUGCAUGCGCUGCACCACCAGUAUCCGCAGCCACAUCCGCACGCCCAUCCGCACCACGCGCACCACCCGCAGCAUCCGCAUCAUCCGCCACAUCCGCACCACCAGCAUCCGCACGAGACCAUGAUGGAGAUGUUCCAGCUCUCGAACAGCGGCCGGGAGGCGCGUAAUCGAGCGGAAAAGAAUCGACGGGACAAACUGAACGGAUCCAUCCAGGAACUGUCCACGAUGGUGCCCCAUGUGGCAGAGUCGCCGCGUCGAGUGGACAAAACAGCCGUGUUGCGUUUCGCCGCCCAUGCACUGCGAUUAAAGCAUGCCUUUGGCAACAGUCUGAUGCACCAGCGGCCGCAGAUCACGGACACGCUGAUGAGCAUGCUGGACAGCUUCUUCCUCGCCCUCACCUGCCACGGCCACAUCCUGCUGAUCUCGUCCAGCAUCGAGCAGCACCUGGGCCACUGCCAGACGGACCUGUAUGGCCAGAGCAUCAUGCAGAUCACCCAUCCGGACGACCAGAGCAUGCUCAAGCAGCAGCUGAUCCCCACCGAGCUGGAGAACCUCUUCGACGCUCAUGGCGACCCGGCGGAUGCGGAGGGUGAGCCCCGCCAGAGGAGCAAGUCGGAGGAGGACUACAUCGAUCGCCGGCUGCGCGAGGAUAGGCGCAACUUUCGCGUGAGAUUGGCCCGCGCUGGUCCCCGAUCGGAACCCAUCGCCUACGAGGUGGUCAAGAUCGACGGCUGCUUUCGGCGCAGUGAUGAGGCUCCACGGGGAGUGCGAUCCAACACCUUCAGCUCCAAUCUGCAGCUGAUCCGAAGGACUCGCGGUCGAGACGAUGUCAUUCCCCUGCACACGAUCAGCGGCAACGAUAUCAUUCUGACGGCCCGCGCCCGGAUCAUCCGUCCGCCGAAGAUCGCCAGUCGGCUGAUCGACGCGAACACGCUGGAGUACCGCACCCGGCACCUGAUCGACGGCAGGAUCAUCGACUGCGACCAGCGGAUUGGGAUCGUGGCCGGGUACAUGACGGAUGAGGUGCGCAAUCUCAGUCCGUUCACCUUCAUGCACAACGACGAUGUGCGCUGGGUGAUCGUGGCCCUGCGGCAAAUGUACGACUGCAACAGCUCGUACGGCGAGUCCACCUACCGCCUGUUCACCCGAAACGGGAACAUCAUCUACCUGCAGUCGAAGGGCUACCUGGAGAUCGACAAGGAGACGAACAAGGUGCACUCCUUCGUCUGCGUGAACACGCUGCUCAGCGAGGAGGAGGGCAAGCGGCGGGUGCAGGAGAUGAAGAAGAAGUUCUCGGUGAUCAUCAACACGCAGAUACCGCAGUCGACCAUCGAUGUGCCGGCCUCGGAGCAUCCGGCAUUGCUGGAGAAGGCGGUGCUGCGGCUCAUCCAGAAUCUGCAGAAGUCUGGCGAGGAUGAGGGCGACGAGGAUGAGGAGGCGGAGGACGAGGAUGACGAUGAGGAGGAUGACGAGGAUGCGGAUGAUGGGGUGCGCAGCAUGUCCGAGUUCGGCGAUCCCUAUGCCGUCACAGUCAGCCAUCCGCAUCACGGUGGCACGCGGCAUCAUCAUCAUGGCUCCUCGGCACUGUCCUCCCACGGACAGGGUAGCUCCAAGACCCCGCCCCUGGCGUUGGUGCCACCCGAAGCGGCCUCCGUGAAGUCCUCGAUCUCCAAGAGCAUCAGUGUGGUGAACGUGACGGCGGCCAAGCAUCUGCGCGGUGUCCACGGAUCGGCUUCGGUCAAGUCGCCCAGCUCCGUGGGCAAUUGCUCCUGCACCGAGUCCCAUUCGCCCUGCGACUUCUGCCAGGGUCCACUCACGCCCGAUGCCCAGGCCGUUGGGUCCACCCUGAAGAGGAGCAGCACUGCUCUGGCGGAGACCGAGGAGAAGGUCGCCAAGCGACGCUACAUACCCAGCACUGAGAUCGAGCAGGUGCUAAACAAAUCUCUGGACCAACUUGGCCGAAAUCUAACCCAACAAUUCAAUGAUGCCAUUAAUUUGCGGGAACAAGGGCAGCUAUACGAAUUGCCCCAUACUGUUCAGCGAUUCGAUGAGAUCAUGGAGGAGCACCAGAAACAAAGCGAGCUGUUUGUGAACAUCAAGAGUGAGUACGAAGUGCAGCUGCAGAACAAGGCCAGCACCCGGAAGUCCUUGGAGUCGGAUCGGAAUCAAGAGCAGGAUCAGGAUCGGGAUCGGGAUUUGGAUCGGGAUCAGGACUAGAGGCAAAAAGAGAGAGAGAGAGAGAGCAGCUCUCGACUGAAGGGUUUCAUCGAUGUGAUAACUACUGUCCUGGCAGCCAGCUCAAGUCCCAGCCAAUGGGUUCAUGCCGAACAGACACAGAUCAGAUAUGCAUAGAUAUCCUCUAACCCCAACCUAUGAGUGAGCCUGAGACAAAGAUACUUUAGAUGCCCCGCCCACUAGAACACACACGCACACACGCUGCACACGCACACACACACACUCUGUUAGUUCAGUUUGUUGUUUUUAACCUUAAGUUUAGAGAGGACUUUUAAACGCGUGUGCGGCUUAGUUAGUUACCAGUGUAGAGUGGAGCUGUUGCCGUUUCCGGUUUCCGGUUUCGCUGCAUCGAAUGUAACAACUUUGGUUAAAUGAACAUUUUUCAAUUCUAUUAAAAUUAUCUCUUUUAAGAUAUAUAGUUAAUUAUACUGAUCGUGACUUUCUUAUAAAGUACAACCACUUGAAAUCGAAAUCGAAAACGGAAAAGGAAACAAACUCUGACAGGAUGAAGAUUAGCGUAAAAGGGAGGAUUUAAACAAUUAUUAGGCUAAAUCGGAAUAUACAUUAAAAUUACCAUAUAUAUAUAUAUAUAUAUACCUAUGUACCAUACGUUGUGCGUAAUGCGCAUAGCCCAAACUAAACGUGAUAAAAGACUGUUACCAACUACAUACACACACAUACUACACACAUGGAUACACCCGUAAAUCUAUAACUAAAACGUAAACUUAAUUCGGUAUAAUAUAUAUAUAUAUAUAUAAAUAUAGAUAUAUAAAGAAAUAUUAGGCACGCCCACAGGCGGCGUGGCGUAGUUAAAUUAAAUUUACUGUACGAACACUUUUUAUAGAUGUUUAAUGUUGUUAUGGUAUAAGUUAAAUCCUGAUGAGUUGAUGGAUUUUGGCCAAGCACGGUGCACUAAAAACUGCAAGUGAGCCAAGUACAAUUUACACAAAUAUAUACAUACUUAGAUGCAUAUAUGGUUCGAUGUAAACUAAUAAAUCUAUGUAAGAAAACAAGAAAAUAAAAGUGAGGAAAACACACACAAAACCCAGAAAAAGCUUAGGCAAAAAAAUAAAAAGAACUCUGUUAAAUGUUUGUUAUGCAUUUGUUUUUUUUUUAUCUAAAUUAAUAUUAAACUAAUGUAUUAGUAAAUAAACUUGUGUACCUACAUACAAAACAAUGAAAAAACA